AAUGAGAGAGAGAGAGACAGAGCACUAUUAUAUUAUUUGUUCUGAAACAACAAUAGUUUCCCUCAUCCACAGUAUUUGAGGCCUCCCAGCACCAUCAUCCCUUCACAUCCUCCCUGGCAAGCUCAGCUUUAAGGUACGGCAAUGUUCUUGAUGUCACUGGUUAUCUCUGUUCUAUUCUGCAUUUGAGAAUUUAGGACUUUCAUAUUUGGUCUUGACAUCACCCUAACGUGCGAAGAAUGAACCGUGCGGAGGGUCUGAGGGCUAACACGUCUCAGUUCACUCUGGAGGGAGUACCCUUCCGCAUCCUGGGGGGCUCCAUUAAUUACUUCCGUGUCCCCAGAGCCUAUUGGGAGGACCGGCUGCUCAAGAUGAAGGCCUGUGGCCUCAAUACUCUCACAACAUAUGUGCCAUGGAAUCUGCAUGAGCCUGAGAGAGGAACAUUCAACUUCCAGGAUCAGUUGGACCUCAUGGCCUAUGUAAGUUUAGCAGCAGAGAUGGGUCUGUGGGUGAUCCUACGUCCUGGACCUUAUAUCUGCGCGGAAUGGGACUUGGGCGGGUUGCCUAGCUGGUUGUUACAAGAUAAAGGCAUGCAGUUAAGGACAACUUAUCCUGGAUUUGUAAAUGCUGUCAACAACUACUUUGACAAGCUUGUCUCUGUUAUCAAACCAAUGAUGUUUGAAGAGGGAGGCCCAAUCAUUGCAGUUCAAGUUGAGAAUGAGUAUGGAUCAUAUGCCAAAGAUGAGAAAUACAUGCCCUUUAUACAGAACUGUCUCCAGUCCAGAGGGAUCAAGGAGCUCCUACUGACUUCAGACAACUGGGAGGGCCUGAGAUAUGGAGGCAUGGAGGGAGUCCUAAAAACAAUAAAUCUUCAGAGACUGUCGUUUGGAGCUAUCCAGCACUUAGCUGACAUGCAGCCCCGGAAACCUCUUAUGGUGAUGGAGUAUUGGUCUGGCUGGUUUGAUGUCUGGGGAGAACAUCACCAUGUGUUUCAUCAUGAGGAUAUGCUAGCUGUUGUGUCAGAGAUCCUGGAGAGAGGUGUCUCCAUUAAUCUGUACAUGUUCCAUGGGGGAACCAGCUUUGGCUUCAUGAAUGGAGCGAUGGACUUUGGCACCUACAAACCUCAGGUCACCAGUUAUGAUUACGACGCUCCGCUAUCUGAGGCUGGAGAUUACACCCCAAAAUAUCAACUCUUGAGGAAUUUAUUCAGCCAGUACCACUCUGGGCCUCUUCCUGAAGUGCCCUCUCCUCAGGAGAGGAGAGCAUACGGCCCUGUUGCUAUCCAGCAGCACCUGUCACUGUGGGACAGCCUGCACUUCACUGACAAGCCAUACAGGUCAGAGAAGCCGGUGAACAUGGAGAAUCUCCCUGUCAACAGUAAAGUUGGUCAGUCCUAUGGUUACACACUGUAUGAAACCACCAUCACCAGUGGAGGAAACCUCACCUCCAGAAACAGCAUCAGAGAUAGAGCACUGGUAUUUGUAGACAGACAAUGUAUUGGUAGUUUGGACUACAAGACUCAUGAGCUGGCAAUCCGUGAUGUACAGGGAGAGAAGACCUUGAGCUUCCUUGUGGAGAACUGUGGAAGAGUGAAUUAUGGUAAAGCUCUGGACGAUCAGCGCAAAGGCAUUGUGGGUGAUAUUCUGUUGAAUCACACCCCUCUAAGAGGAUUUACCAUCUUCUGUUUAGACAUGAAGCCUGGCUUUAUGAAAAGAUUAAUGAGUUCAGGUCAAUGGAAGUCUGACUUCAAGUCGCCCUCCAUUCCAGGAUUUUUCCAGGCCAGACUGUAUGUGAAUGGUCCUCCCAGAGACACCUUCAUCACACUGCCUGGUUGGGGUAAAGGAGCCGUGUUUGUCAAUGGGCAGAACCUUGGACGUCACUGGUUCAUUGGACCCCAGCAUUUCCUUUAUCUCCCAGGACCUUGGCUCAGAAGUGGAGAAAAUCAGAUAGUUGUUUUUGAGGAACAAAAAGCAGAUGACAAAAUACUUUUUGCUGAAAAUCCUGAUCAUGGAAGGACCAUUGAUGUUUACAAACUCCCCUUUUGCACACUGCUGUAAAAAUAAUGUACAGCAACAAUACACUUGCAUGUAUAAUAUAAGGAAACCGUAUGAUUUAAAGGUAUUCAUUUACCAACCAUAAUGUGUUUAAUUAGUUUUUUCCAAAUGUUUUUUUUCAAAUGUUACAUCUCAACAUUGAAUCCGCUGCCUUAAAUUCAACUAUGCAACAUCGUCUGAUUUGUCUCAUUUUCUCAUUUCACUAUGAACUUUGCUCUGAUAAGAAAUAACGAUGUUUGACCCUUGACCCCUGACAGCGUGACACGCCCUCACAAGCUUCUCAUUGGACCAGAGACUUGUACUUCUUGUACACACUGUUAUAGCGACGAGCUCUUAUUCACAAAAAAACACAGAUCUACAGACAGCCAAAUCAAUUUCACCAGAAACAAAGCCCAGUAACCGGAACAGAUGUCCUCCGUUACGUCACAAUAAAGGGUAAACAUUUGUAUACAG